CACUUACUUUUUUUUCUCUCUCUCUGCGCACACACAACUCAGUAGAGAGAGAAAGAGAAGCAGUACAAAAAUGUGAAAAGUUGUAGCAGAUAAAAAAAAAAAAGGGGUUCAUCAUCAGAAGGAGAAGAACUAAACUGAACUGAGAAAUACAAAGAAGGGUUGUUCAGUGAAGAGUAAAAGGGGUAGCAAAAUCUUGGAAAAUAAGUGUAAAAAUUUGAUCUUUUUUUGUUGGGUUAUGAGAUGAGAUCGAUUCUUGGGUUUUGAGCUUUGUGGGUGUGUUUAUCUUGGUUCAUGGUAAUGAGGGGUAGGGUUUUCUUGAAUUUUUGGGUAAAUGCUGGGUUUUUUGAGUUUGCUUUACUUGGAUCUACGAGAUUGUUUAGUCAGCUGGCUGCUUGAUUUGUAAAAAAAAAAACAGUAUUUUGAUGGUGAAGGUGAUGGAGAAGGAUGCUGUGGUGGUGUCACUGGUGGUAUGGCUAAUCUUGGUUGUACAUCAUCUUAAGCUCAUUUAUGCUAACAUGGAAGGUGAUGCAUUGCAUAGUCUACGCGUCAAUUUACAAGAUCCUAACAAUGUGCUACAGAGCUGGGACCCUACCCUUGUUAAUCCUUGCACAUGGUUUCAUGUUACCUGCAACAAUGACAACAGUGUUAUAAGAGUUGAUUUAGGAAAUGCAGCUUUAUCUGGUCUGUUAGUCCCACAGCUUGGCCUUUUGAAGAAUUUGCAGUACUUGGAGCUUUACAGUAAUAACAUAAGUGGUCUAAUACCGAGUGAUCUUGGGAAUUUGACUAAUUUGGUCAGCUUGGAUCUCUACUUGAACAACUUCGUCGGUCCCAUCCCAGAUUCCUUGGGCAAGCUGUCGAAAUUGAGAUUCCUUCGGCUCAACAAUAAUAGCUUGACUGGUAACAUCCCUAUGUCACUGACUAAUAUCUCAUCACUACAAGUGUUGGAUCUGUCAAACAACCGUCUCUCAGGUGUUGUUCCAGAUAAUGGUUCCUUUUCUCUAUUCACGCCUAUCAGUUUUGCGAAUAAUUUAGAUCUUUGCGGGCCUGUAACUGGACGCCCUUGUCCGGGAUCUCCUCCAUUCUCCCCUCCGCCUCCAUUUGUUCCACCACCACCAAUUUCUGCUCCAGGAGGAAAUGGUGCAACUGGAGCAAUUGCUGGAGGUGUAGCUGCUGGUGCUGCUCUACUAUUUGCUGCUCCUGCCAUUGCAUUUGCCUGGUGGCGCCGUAGAAAGCCACAAGAAUAUUUCUUUGAUGUACCAGCUGAAGAAGAUCCUGAAGUUCACUUAGGUCAACUGAAAAGGUUCUCCCUCCGAGAGCUACAAGUUGCAACCGACAGUUUUAGCAAUAAAAAUAUUCUGGGUCGAGGUGGAUUUGGUAAGGUAUACAAAGGACGCUUAGCAGAUGGAUCAUUGGUGGCUGUUAAGCGGCUUAAGGAGGAGCGUACUCCUGGAGGGGAGUUGCAAUUUCAAACAGAAGUUGAGAUGAUUAGCAUGGCAGUGCAUAGGAAUCUUCUACGAUUGCGUGGUUUCUGUAUGACACCAACUGAAAGACUGCUUGUCUACCCCUACAUGGCAAAUGGAAGUGUUGCAUCAUGCCUGAGAGAACGACCGCCUUCUGAACCGCCACUUGAUUGGCCAACGCGAAAGCGCAUUGCUUUGGGGUCUGCCAGGGGAUUGUCGUAUUUGCAUGAUCAUUGUGACCCUAAGAUUAUCCAUCGUGAUGUGAAGGCUGCAAAUAUAUUGCUAGAUGAAGAAUUUGAGGCUGUUGUUGGAGACUUUGGUUUGGCUAAACUUAUGGACUACAAGGAUACACAUGUUACAACUGCUGUGCGUGGUACAAUUGGGCAUAUAGCUCCAGAAUACCUGUCCACAGGGAAGUCUUCAGAAAAGACUGAUGUUUUUGGGUAUGGCAUCAUGCUUCUGGAGCUAAUCACCGGCCAACGUGCUUUUGAUCUUGCUCGGCUUGCAAAUGAUGACGAUGUCAUGUUGCUUGACUGGGUGAAAGGACUCCUCAAAGAGAAGAAGUUGGAAAUGCUGGUUGACCCUGAUCUUCAGAACAAGUAUGUGGAGGCCGAGGUGGAGCAACUGAUCCAAGUAGCAUUGCUUUGUACACAAAGCAACCCAAUGGAUCGGCCUAAGAUGUCGGAAGUGGUGAGAAUGCUUGAAGGUGAUGGUUUGGCUGAAAGAUGGGAUGAGUGGCAGAAGGUAGAAGUUCUCCGGCAGGAAGUGGAACUUGCACCACAUCCUGGUUCUGAUUGGCUUGUUGACUCAACAGAGAAUUUACACGCAGUUGAAUUAUCGGGUCCAAGGUGACCGACCUCGUACUACCCCAAGUAAAGAAAAUCAAAUCAUUAGGAACUCUUUAUUUUUGUUGACCUUGUGAAAGUUUUUCUUUGUGAAAUUUAAUGAAAAUCUCCAGGUGUAAGCCCA